AUGGAGGAUAUUGUGAAAGCCCUGACACAAGCUGCCACAGUGCAGCAAGAGACCAACAGGCUUCUGGCUUUGCAGAUUGAAGCUUUGACUGAAGCACAAAAGGCAGAUCAUGCUAUUCUCAAAGAAACCCUGGACCAGAUGACUGCCCAAGGAUCUCCUAACCCACCAGCAAGGGGGGUAAGCCAAAUACGCGCAAGCAGCUGUCUACAGAAAAUGACCCCAGAUGAUGAUGUGGAGACCUACCUGCUGGCGUUUGAACGGACCGCCGUCCGAGAAGGCUGGCCUCCAGAACAGUGGGCUGGAAUUAUUGCACCCUUUCUCCUGGGAGAAGCACAGAAAGCCUAUUUUGACCUGGAAGAGGAGGCUGCUGCAGACUAUUCCAAACUGAAAGCAGAGAUCCUGGCUCGGUUAGGGGUGACUGCAACAGUAAGGGCCCAGCGUUUCUACAACUGGAGGUUCAAGGAAGGAAAAGCUCCAAGAUCCCAGAUGUUUGACCUAAUCCAUCUGGCUCGGAAAUGGCUCAAACCAGAGAUUCAAACUCCUGCACGGAUCAUAGAAACGCUGGUGCUGGACCGGUGCUGGACGUGA